AUGGCGGGUGAGGACCACCCGUGGCAGGGAAGCAUCCUCUACAAUCUACUGAUGAGCGCGAAGCAGAAGCACACUUCUCAGGAAGAGCGAGAGGUGCGCUUGGGGGCUCAGUGCUGGGGUUGCGCUUGCGGUGCCCAGCCUGUUCUGGGUGGGGAGGGACUGCCCGGCGGGCAAGCCAUGUCCCUCCUGUACCGCUGCUGCUUUUGUGGAGAGAACCACCCGCGCCAGGGUGGCAUCCUUUAUUCUAUGCUCACCAAUGCCAGGCAGCCAAGAGUGGCGACUCAGGCGCCCAGGGCACGAUUCGGAGCUCCUUGCUGGGGCUGCGCCUGCGGCAGUGCAGAGCCCCUGGUGGGUAGAGAGGGGCUGCCGGCUGGCCAGACCCCCUCGCUCCUGUACCGCUGCUGCUUCUGCGGAGAAGAGCACCCGAGGCAGGGCAGCAUCUUAUACAGCUUGCUCACUAGUGCCCAGCAAACGCACGUGUCUCGGGAAGCACCCGAGGCACAUCGCGGAGGCGAGUGGUGGCAGCUGUCCUACUGUACCCAGAGUGUGGGUGGCCCGGAGGGGCUGCACAGCACACAGUCCAUGGCGUUCCUGUACCGCAGCUAUGUGUGCGGUGAAGAGCAGACCCAGCAGGGCAGCGUUGCCUCUGGCACGCCCGUGAGCGCAGAUCAAACACCAGCAGCUCCGCAAGAGCAGCCGAGGGCCCCCUGGUGGGACGCCUCAUCUGGUGUGCAGCGUCCGGUCGCACUCAAAGAUCCACAGGUGGUGUGCGAGGCAGCGUCGGCUGGCCUGUUGAAGACCCUGCGCUUUGUCAAGUACUUGCCGUGCUUCCAGAUUCUGCCCCUAGAUCAGCAGCUGGUGCUGGUGCGGAGCUGUUGGGCGCCCCUACUCAUGCUUGAGUUGGCCCAAGAUCACCUGCACUUCGAGAUGAUGGAGAUCUCGGAGCCUAACACGACACAGGAGAUGCUCACCACCAGGCGGCAGGAGACCGAGGGCCCGGAGCCUGCAGAUCCCCAGGCCACAGAGCAGCCACAGAUGGUGUCCGCGGAGGCUGGGUACAUGCUCUCAGCCGCAGCGGUCCAGGCCAUCAAGAGUUUCUUUUUCAAGUGCUGGAGUCUGAACAUUGAUACCAAGGAGUACGCCUAUCUGAAGGGGACCGUGCUCUUUAACCCAGAUCUGCCUGGCCUGCAGUGCGUGAAAUACAUCGAGGGUCUUCAGUGGAGAACUCAGCAGAUCCUCACUGAGCACAUCAGGAUGAUGCAGAGAGAGUACCAGAUCAGAUCCGCUGAACUGAAUAGUGCCCUUUUCCUGCUGAGAUUCAUCAGUACCGAUGUCGUCACUGAGCUCUUUUUCAGACCCAUCAUUGGUGCAGUCAGCAUGGAUGAUAUGAUGCUGGAAAUGCUCUGUGCAAAGCUGUGAAGGCAUAUAGCCACUCAAGUGCAUUUUACUAUAGAUGGAGAAAGUGGUAGCUCUGUGCAAAGCUGUGAAGGCAUAUAGCCACU